GAGGUCACCGGCUAUCUCGCCAUGUAAGCAGUCUUCCGUUCCGCCAUUUUCUACUUACAAUUGUCGCCAUUCCCACCACCUGUUUGCCUCUUCUUCAACUGCACCUAUCAUCUUGGGUCUUGUCAUCAACCACAACAUCAAACAUCUACGCAUGGACUGAACUGAUAGCUAACGCCACCGUCAACCUCUAGCUGAGUCUCCUAGGCCUCUGAACAAAAUCAAAACGAGCUUCAUCGCGGUCGAGAAAGGCGGAAGAGUCGGGCUUCAACCAGCAGGCAGCAACGACUCCGAGACACCCACACAACGAACUCCAGACGGCCUUGGCGACAUCGCAAGCCCUCUUGUUUCAUCAGAGAAGCCCAAUGCCGUUGACCAGAUUAUGGAAAAAGCACCAGCAGCGGCGAGUCCUGAGGCGAGCCGUAUACCGACCGAGUCUCCAGAAGCGAACCGAAAUGCUCAAAAUCCAACUGACUCUCCUCAAAAACAACAAGCGCAGAAUGUAGAAUCUUCAGGUAGCGCACCGGCAGAACCCAAGAGGUUGGAGAUAGAUGGGGCUACUGGCACGUCUACUACGGACAGUGACUCGAAGUCACCAGAGAAGACGAAGGCACCCAAUGGAGCCGGGGCUGGCAAAGACAAAGAGACAGAUCCCAGCAAGCCGGCGGCUCGGACCGUCCCGAAGACAACAACAAAGUCGAACCUACCACCUCUUUCAACGUCUGCGGCCAACAAGACAGCAGCUAAGCCUGCAAAAUCCCCCAUCACUGCCCAAACGCCCAAGGCGAGAAGCCCUACAACUGCAUCCAGUCAGACUCCGGCCAAGACCGCUACCCCGAAGCCUGCGGCAAAGACCACGAAGUCUCUCGGUUCCUCGCUAAACAAAAAGCCAGCAUCCUUGGCCCCAUCGCCCGUCAUCACCGGGAGCUCUAAGCCCAAGGCCAAGUCACCUACGCGCCCAGUGACUCUCCCAGAACGCCUUACCACUCAUACGGCUGCUUCUGGUUCCAAGCUCGGCAAUGCGCGCGGCCAGUCGCAGACUCGCGAGCGUGGUCUUACCCCGGCUAGCCGCUCCUCUAGCAGAGCGAGAGUGCCAACCGCCACCACGUCGGCUCCCAAGACGGCUACCUCGAACCUUAAGAGACAAAACUCGACCAACAACCGUCCUCGGCCCAGUCUAGGUGUGCCUGUGAAGCAGACUGCGAAGGAUCAUCCGCCAACGAAAAAGGAGAAGGAAGUGGACGAGGGAUUUUUGGCACGCAUGAUGCGUCCAACCGCGGCAUCCGCCUCUAAGACCGCCGAGAAGGUUGUCACGUCUCCACCCAGGAGGUCUUCGGCUACCCCAGGACCUGCCGCGAAGAGAAGUCUCAGCAAGCCACGGACUAAGAAGCCUACUACCAAAUCGGCAGCACCAUCUGCGGCUACGACCCCGAAACAGUCUCGUGCUAGCUCGGUCGCGGCCAAGGUUGAACAGGUUGCCACGGCAGAGGAAGCCGUCGAAGCUGCGAAGGCAACAGACGAAGAGGUGCCACUCCCCACCGUGACUGAGACUCCUCAAGAAGUAGCUCAGCCGGUAGAGGAAGCCACAGAAACCACCCAGGAGGUCUCGGCACCACCCUCGGAGGCGGAGGCUGUCGCUGCUCCUCAAACCCCCACCUCUGACGUCCAUGAUGUUAAGGAAGAGACAUCAGCUCAGGAAACUGAAGCUGCCACCUCGCCCUCUGCCGAAGUUGCUGAUGCCGCCUAUGCUGACAUCCAGGAGAAGGAAGAGGAGAAGUCUGCCAGCACUCCGGAACCUAAGCAUACUUCUGAUUCGUAAACGGAAGCCAGAAAUGGUGGAUAUGAUCGCUUUUUGGCCUGUAGAGUCUUUUAAUCACCUUCUAUUGCUUGUUCGAGACAGUGAAAGAGGUGGAUGCAGUGUUACUGGGUUAGCACGAGUUUCAUGAUACCUUUUGUAGGAAGACCACUCACCCGUUUGUAAGGAGUUGGCGACGCAUGAAGUAUGAAUGCAUAGAGAUAGUCGGUUGCACAGCACCUUGGAGCAGGAUGAAUUGAUUCGUUUUCUUAUCAAUAUUCGUGGUCUUUAGUU